AUGAGGAUCUUAUCAUGGAACUGCCGCGGGCUUGGGAACCUGGAGGCAGAACGGGCUUUGCGCAAGCUCAUCCACUCAGAAGCUCCCGACAUUACGUUUCUUAUGGAAACGAAACUGUAUACUUCGGAGAUGCUACGUCAUCGUGGGAUUGGAGGUCUUUCAAACAUUUUCCCGGUCCAAUGUGGGGGUCGUGGAAGGUCUAGAUCGGGUGGCCUUUGUCUUUUAUGGCGCUCGGAGGUUGAGGUAACUGUUAUUAAUGCUUCUUUGCAUCAUAUUCACUUUUCUGUUGUCCAUUCGGACCACUUGGCUGUACCUAUGCAGAUUUAUGCUGUUUAUGGUUUUCCUGAGACUCUUGGUGGUGAUCCCCCCAAUGUGGGGCAGCUCCAGAUUGCUAACCAAGCUUGUGCAGAUUGUGGGCUUCACCAGGUGCCCUCUUCGGGCUAUACUUUUACUUGGGCCAAUAAUAUAGUCGGGCCAGGACGAGUUGAGGAGCGGUUGGAUUAUGCUUUAGUGAACCAGGCUUGGGCUGAUUUGUGGCCAAUCAAUAAGGUGUCUCAUCUUAUACGCUAUCAAUCGGAUCAUAGCCCAAUUGUGUUUCAUUGUGGAUCUCGCAGCUCUGAGAUUCAUAGACACCGAACGAGGAUGUUUAGAUUUGAGGAGGUUUGGCUUGAAAGCGGCGACGAAUGUACGGAAAUUGUUACUGAAGGGUGGGAGAACCAGGAUUUAUCGGUUCUCUCGAAAAUUGAGCUGGUUGGUCGCUCUCUUGAUGCUUGGGGUAGAGAAAAAUUUGGAGAUUUGCCGAAGCGAAUUGCAUAUGCCAAGGCCCUCCUCCAACGGCUGCAAAGACAGGACCAAACUGAGCAAGUGGUUUUGGCGUACAGGGAGGCGGAGAAAGCGUUAGAUGAUUUGUUAAAACAGGAGGAGAUAGCCUGGAGCCAGAGAUCGAGAGCUAAUUGGUUGAAACAUGGGGAUAGAAAUACAAGGUUCUUCCAUACAAAAGCUACUCAGAGGAAGAAGAGAAACCUGAUCGAGGAAAUUCAUGAUGAGCAGGGUAGGAAAUUUGUGAGGGAUCCGGAUAUUGCUCGUGUGUUGAAGGGAUAUUUUCAAAAUAUUUUUUCAACCUCUGAUCCUGUUGGGGUUGAGGAUGUCGCCUCUCUAGUGGCGGGGAGAGUCACCGAUGCUCAUAGGAGAAUUCUUUCCCUGCCGUUCUCAAGGGAUGAGGUGGAGGAAGCGUUGUUCCAGAUGCACCCUACAAAGGCUCCGGGAGUUGAUGGUUUUCCGGCGCUUUUUUAUCAAAAGUUCUGGCCUAUCCUUGGUGAUGAUGUUUCUGAUUUCUGUCUCCGGGUGCUGAAUGGGGAGACGUCGCCAGGUACGGUGAACCAAACUCUACUUGUCCUUAUUCCAAAAGUUAAGAACUCAAUUCUUGCAAAUCAAUUUAGGCCGAUCAGUCUUUGCAAUGUAAUUUUUAAGAUUAUUACUAAGACCAUUGCUAAUAGAAUGAAGUUGAUUUUGCAUAAUUUAAUUUGUGAGGCUCAAAGUGCUUUUGUCCCAGGUCGGUUGAUAACUGAUAACGCUUUGAUAGCUUUUGAAUGUUUCCACUAUAUGAAGAAGCGUAUUUCAGGUAAAAGUGGUAUGAUGGCUCUUAAGCUAGAUAUGUCAAUAGCUUACGAUCGAGUUGAGUGGCCUUUUUUGCGAAGUAUCCUCACUCAUAUGGGGUUCCCUAUGCAUUGGGUUAAUUUAAUUAUGGAUUGUGUGAGUUCUGUUAAUUUUUCAAUUAUGUUAAAUGGGAAACCACAACCGACUUUCGCACCCCAGCGGGGUUUGCGACAGGGAGAUCCUCUCUCUCCUUAUUUAUUUAUUCUUUGUGGAGAGGCUUUUUCAGCUUUGAUCCAAAAAUCCAUUUUGAGUUCUUCAUUGCAUGGGAUUAAAGUUGCUCGUUCAGCACCUGUAAUUUCCCACCUCUUAUUUGCAGAUGAUAGUGUUCUUUUUGCCCGGGCAAAUGUUCAGGAAGCAGAAUGUAUCAAGUCCAUUCUGGCAACCUACGAACGUGCUUCUGGGCAGGUAAUCAAUUUAGAUAAGUCUAUGCUGUCAGUUAGCCGGAACGUGCCAGAGAACUGUUUUAUUGAUUUGCAACAACUGUUGGGAGUAAAAGCGGUAGAGAGCUAUGACAAGUAUCUGGGAUUACCCACUAUUAUUGGAAAAUCAAAGAGUAGGAUUUUCAGUUUUGUGAAGGAACGAGUGUGGAAAAAACUCAAGGGGUGGAAAGAAAAAACGUUGUCUCGUGCUGGUCGGGAGGUGCUAAUUAAGGCAGUGGCUCAGGCCAUCCCAUCUUAUGUUAUGUCCUGUUUUAUCUUACCGGAUGGCUUGUGUGAUGAGAUUGAGAGUAUGGUAUCUCUCGCUUUUAUUGGGGAGGGGAUGUUACUCGUCGUGAAUUACCCGGAAUCACUUUUGGGACGGGUCUUUAAAGCUGUUUAUUUCCCUUCUAGUAACUUAAUUGAUGCUAAGAAGGGUUAUCACCCGAGUUAUGCAUGGAGUAGCAUCCUUAAAACGUCAUCCAUGAUUCAGGAAGGUAGUUGUUGGAGGAUUGGUAAUGGAAAACAGGUUAGAAUAUGGGAUGAUAAUUGGCUACCUAGCGGCCCUCCCAUUAUUUUUCGUCAGGAGAUUGUUGAGGAGCAACGUUUGGUUAAGGUGGCUGAUCUCCUCCUUCCGCACCAUGGCGGUUGGAAUAUUCCCUUAGUUGAGUGGACUUUUUGUCCUUCCACAGCUGCUAGAAUUUUGUCUAUACCUCUUCGGCAUCAGGAUGCGAUAGACUGUCUUUUCUGGUUGGGUACUGCUGACGAGGUGUAUACGGUUAAAUCCGGCUAUGAGUGGCUCCAACAACUGGCUAACCAGAACUGUCCGUCUUCAUCGCAUGAGGUGGGUCUUGAACCGUCUCAGUGGGAAAAAUUUUGGAAAGCUCCCAGUUUACCAAAAGUACGAGAGGUAGCUUGGCGAGUGUGCACGAAGGCUAUACCAGUGCGUGUUAGGCUUCGCCGACGUGGUGUUGUUGUCGAUCCUAGCUGUCCUCUGUGCGGGUUAAAGGAGGAGACCGUGGAGCAUCUUUUCCUGCGAUGUACUGUGAGUCGGGGUUGCUGGUUCGCUAGUAAUCUGGGCUUGCGAUCUCUUGCAGGUAUGAAGAUGGCUGAAUUUAUGGCUUGGGUUUUGAGAGAGAUGGAGCUUGAGGUUGUGGCUGAUGUGCAGCGGAUCUUAUUUGCUAUGUGGGAGGCCAGGAAUAAACUGAUUUUUGAGGAGAAACCUUGGUCCGUGGCUUCGAUUUUGGUUCGUGUUGCUAGCCUAGUGUGCCCCCCAUCGACGUCAUUCUCUUUGGCGCAUGGUGGGCGGGGUCAAGGGCCAGGGAAAUGGCUUCGGCCAGCUGUUGAUGUGGUGAAGGUCAAUGUGGAUGCUGCGGUGGGGAGGGACAAGAUGGCGGGAUUUGGUAUGGUGGCGAGGGACAACGCCGGGGAGGUGCUCGCGGCUGCUGCGAAGUUUCCAACACUUGCUCUUUCUCCAACAGUGGCUGAAGCAUUGAGUCUUAGGUGGGCUAUGGAAUUGUCUGUGGAUCUUGGGUUCCGACGCGUUCAGUUCGAGACAGAUUGCUUACCCCUCUUUCAGGCGUGGAAGAAGGCGAAUGGAACUUCUUAUAUAUUUUCAAUUAUUUACGAUUGUCGUAGUUUAUUUUCAGCUUUUGACUAUGUUGAUUUUUCUUUUGUUCGUCGCCAAGGGAACUCUUGUGCGGAUUAUCUUGCUCGGCGCGCCUCUACCUUUCAGGAUGUUGUCUGGAUAGAGGAAGGUCCGCCGGAGCUUACUAGUUUUUUUCUUUCUGAUGUAUUGGCUUCUAUGCCGGAUCCUAUUUGA